CGUGUGAUAAACAGCAGGGAGACGACGAGGAAGAGGAGACGAAGAAGAGGCGACCAUGUUGAUUUAAAGGAAGAAGAAACACAAUAGAGGAGAAAUUUAUAUCCAGAAAAAAAAAUCAGUGAUUGAAGCUUAUUGUAAAGGAAAUAGUUGAUCGACCGCGCAGUGAGUGUUCCUUGCAGAAAAAUAAAAUAAUAAAGGAAGUAAAUAGGUGAGGAGUCUGAGUUGUUGGCUUUGACUCUGAGGAGGCAGCGGGCGAUCAGGCCACAACUCACACUUCAGACUGAGCUGAAGACCUGUGGUGUCGAAGGAGAGAAGGUCAAACACCUGGAGGAGAAAGGAAACUCACACUCCCCCACACACACACUGAAGACUCAGCAAGGGUGGAAAGCUUUUUGGGCUUUGGACUCAGUUACCCCUUGUGUGAUUUUUGAUUUCAGGAUCCAUUUUUUUGGAGUGACUUAUACCCACACAGUGGAAAUAAACAGAAAGCAUUACGGACUAUAAUUUUGGGGAAAUACUUGUACAAAGUUGGGCAUUUUUUUUCUUUUUUUGUCAAGAACAGGGAUAUUGAGCAACUCUAAUGGACUCAAACGUGGAAAUAAGAAAUACUGUUCAAUUUACAAAGAGAAGUUUAAGUAUUGAAGUAAGAUUAUAUUGAAGAUCCCCAAGUUCAGAUUGCCUUAGUUGUUCUGUUUCAGGACUUCAACCGCUUUGAUACUUGUUCACAUAUAAUUUUUCUAUAUUGUGGACAAGUAUAUUCAUGCAUAUGAAUGCAAAUUUCUCUUCAUUUUGAAGAGCUCUUGUGUAAAAAGUUUUUUUUUUUCUUUUUUGGUUGUUGUUUUGUGUACGUCAGUCACUCUGUUGUUGAAGGGGACCGAACUGCACGUACGUGUGUAUAUGUAAAUACUACGAAUCCACUUCUGUCGUCAGCUUUGGACUUAAAACAAAAAAAGAGAGAGAAUAUCAUUUGUUAAUGCUUUAUUAAACUUUUUUACAUCUGAAGAGAAUUUUUAAAAAUUAAACCUAAGACGCAAAAAUCUAAUACUUCAAAGGACAGAAAAAAAGAAGACAAAAACAGGGAAAAUGGCAACCGCCAGAACAGAAAAUGUGGGCCCGGUCGUCAUGGGACUGAAUAAGCAGAACGGGCAGCUUAGAGGGCAGACCAAACCAGCUGCAGUCCAGCCAGCACCAACAACUCAAGGAAAGACUUUGGGUGCUCCCCAGAAAGCAGGAGGAGCCUCUCAGGACGGAGGUGGUAUUAAGUUUGGAGAUGACUGGAAAAAGAGCCUACAGCUCCCUCCCAAAGACAACAGGGUCAAAACCUCAGAUGUGACGUCCACAAAGGGGAAUGAGUUUGAAGAUUAUUGUCUCAAAAGAGAACUCCUGAUGGGCAUCUUUGAGAUGGGUUGGGAGAAACCUUCCCCUAUUCAGGAGGAGAGCAUUCCCAUCGCCCUGUCUGGACGGGACAUUCUGGCCCGAGCCAAGAAUGGAACAGGGAAAAGUGGAGCCUAUCUCAUCCCACUGCUGGAAAGGAUAGACCUGAAAAAGGACCACAUACAGGCCAUUGUCAUGGUGCCCACUCGUGAGCUGGCACUGCAGAUGAGCCAGAUCUGCAUCCAGCUCAGCAAACACCUGGGAGGAGUCAAAGUCAUGGCCACCACCGGGGGCACCAACCUGAGAGAUGACAUCAUGCGUCUGGAUGAGACCGUGCAUGUGGUCAUCGCCACGCCUGGCAGGAUCCUGGACUUGAUAAAGAAGGGAGUGGCAAAGGUGGAUAAAGUCCAGAUGAUGGUGAUGGAUGAGGCGGAUAAGCUGCUGUCUCAGGAUUUUGUGGUGCUCAUUGAAGAUAUUAUUAGUUUCCUGGCCAAGAACAGACAGAUCCUGCUCUACUCUGCAACCUUCCCCAUCAGUGUGCAGAAGUUCAUGGCCAAGCACCUUCAGAAGCCCUAUGAGAUAAACCUGAUGGAGGAGCUGACUCUGAAGGGCAUUACUCAGUACUAUGCCUACGUCACAGAGAGGCAGAAAGUUCACUGCCUCAACACACUCUUCUCCAGGCUUCAAAUCAACCAGUCAAUCAUCUUCUGUAACUCCACUCAGAGAGUGGAGCUCUUGGCCAAGAAGAUCACUCAGCUGGGCUACUCCUGCUUCUACAUCCAUGCUAAAAUGAUGCAGGAAUACAGAAACCGUGUGUUCCACGACUUCAGAAAUGGACUGUGCAGAAAUCUGGUGUGCACUGAUCUGUUCACCAGAGGAAUUGACAUUCAGGCGGUAAACGUGGUUAUCAACUUCGACUUCCCGAAGAACGCCGAGACUUACCUCCAUCGUAUUGGAAGAUCAGGGCGGUUUGGUCACCUGGGCUUGGCCAUCAACCUGAUCACAUCGGAGGAUCGCUUCAACCUGAAGGCCAUUGAAGACCAGCUGGUGACCGACAUUAAGCCCAUUCCCAGCAGCAUCGACAAGAGCCUCUAUGUGGCCGAGUACCACUCAACUAGCGGGGAUUGUGACGUGGAGGAGGUCGAGGAGAAGCGCCAACAGGACAGCACCUAAAACAGGACGCUGAGACACACCGGGCUUUUGCACAGACAUCAGCGCUUGCACGCAGGCUUCAGGCAACUCUUCAUUUUCACAUUCGUCACUUCUUUUCAGAGCCUGUGGAAAGGAUGUCUUUAAAAAAAAAAAAAAAUCAAACAAAAAAAAGAAACAAAAGGCUGUUUUUAUUUUGGAGCAUUUCCUUAGCUUUUCCUCAACAAGAGCUGCCUCAUUAUUUUAUACAUUUAAAGGUUUAAAGUGUGUUUUGCACCAAGCUGGCACCGCGAGCAAGCUUAACGUUUCCUACAAUUGGAGAAAUGAGCUGUUUUGAACCCGUCGCCUUUGGAGACAGUUUUCACUUCCAGCAGCAAAGUUGGUCUAUUUUGGGGGGGUUUUGUUGUUUUUUUUUUUUUGUUUGUUUGUUUGUUUUGUUUUGUUUUUCUUAAAGUGGUGCACUUACACCAGCCAUCACUCUGUCCACUCACACUGCUGUGGUCACUUAAGUGCCUUACUUGACUCCCGUGUGCACUCAUCCAUUCAUAGCCUGCUGCCGACUGUCACGCAGCAGAGUACGAGCACAAAGACGAAUCAAUAGUAACCCGAGUUUAUUGAAACUUUAUUCAUUAUGCAAAGGAAAAAGGACAACACACACUGCUCUCCCGCUGAGAGUUGUGCAGAAACACGGCUCAAAACCAUCCUGAAUGUGAACGUUUGUUGUUAAUGUGAACGUUGCAAUAAAAAAAAAAAAAUAAGGGCAGCUUUAUUUAAAUACUACGUGACUGUUUUUUCCCUUCCACCAUGAAUAAAACAUGAGCAGAGCUAAUGUGAGAAGACGGCCCCUGUACUGAUUCGUAGACUAUGUUGGCCUGCAGAUACACACAAGCAGCAUGGGAGAUGAAUAGCAGCUUCAUUAAAUUAAAGCUGCUGUUCUUUUACAGUUAAGAAAAAUAUAUAUAUAUAUAUUGGCUGGUAAAUAGUGUAAAUCUAUUGGUCGCUGUAGCUGCUGGAUGAAAAUGUUUUCUUUUCCUGAAAAGGAUGAUGCAUUCAAGACUCAUUCAAAACAGCUGAUAAAUGAGCUUCAGCAAUGUCCACGAUUGGUGCAAAACAACACUUUUAACUUUUUCUUUCCCCACACAGCUUCUGUUUUUUGUUUUUUGGGGGGUUUUUUAAUCGAGGAAACACACGGUGGAAAUAUGUUUUUAAACCCUCAUGACAAAAUUAACGUUGGUGAAUGUAUUCGUUGCCAAUAAUAGCUGUGCAGCCCAGUGGUUUAAUGCCAAGCUCUUCAUGUUGCUGCUGCAGUAGAGGCUCCGCUUCAGGCUUUGCUUUAAUGAAAUAUAAACUGGAUGUGAGCUGGUUUCAUGGACCGCAGAAGGAUGAAACCUCCUCAGUCUUUAAGAGACCACGUAUAAAGUCAAUUGGAAACAACUAAUUCUGUUUUUUUUCUCGUGCAGCAACGAUUUUUUUUUUUUUUUUUUUUUCUCUCCACGGCGCACACAUUUUUUAAAAAAAGUGUGACAUUUUUUGUGAGGGGUAGAUUUCUUUUAAGCAAACUUGUAGCAUCUUUGAACAGGCAGCUGGUGUUUUCUUUUUUUUUUUUCUCCCGCCCCCUCACAGAUCAUCACUAAUUAUUAAAAAAGGAGAAAUUUUGCUUUUUAACAUUUAUUUUUGUUGCUUAAAGCAGUUUGGGGGGUGGGGACGGGGUGAGGCUUUAGCACUGGGUAACCUUUGGAGUUUUUGGGGUGAGUUUUGCAGAAGCCAAGUGUUUUAUCAGAUGCUCACCGAGCAUCUUGAAUUAUCUCUCUGGGACUUAAAGCAUAGUCAAAAACCAUUGAUUUCAUUUUAUUUGUAAUUUUUUUUUUUUUUUCUCCCCUAGAAGUUGGAGAAAAAAAACUUGUUUAUGUUUUGAGUGCCAGAGAGUUAAAACAAACAAACAAGAGUUUGUGGAAAGUGAUGAAGCACUGUGAUCUCCUUGAACCUGUUCCAUGUUUGUGUGACGGAGGAUCAAAGUGCCGUGAUUUUUAUUUUAUUUUAUUUUUUCCCCCAGUAGGGCAAUCCUUAUACGAGGUAUUCUGAAUCAUUUUGAGCCAAGAAAAUGGUAAAUGAUUCAUUGUUUACACUCGUUGUUUACAGUUAUAAAAGUUAAAAAAAAAAAAAUUGAAAAUGCUUUGCUUCAUUGGUGGAAGAGGAAGUAGACUUGUAUUGUUUCCUUUUGUUUUCCUUGAAAUAGAUUUUCAGGAUUUACAUUGAAGCAAGCAAAACCAAAAAAGUUGAAUGUCGUAUGAGUGAGCGUGCGUGCGUGCGUGUGUGUGAGAGGGAGAGGGAGUGAGUUGAUUGAUGUGUGUGUGUGUCAGAGUCAGUGAGUUGAUUGAUCUGGGGGGUGUGUGUGUGUGUGUAUGUGAGUGAGUGAGUUAGUUGAUUGAUGUGUGUGUCAUAGUCAGUGAGUUGGUUGAUCUGGGGGUGUGUGUGUGUGUGUGUGUGUGUGUGCAUGUGUUUAAAGAGUGUGUGCAGUUGAUAAGGAGUCAUCGUGUUUACAUGCAGCCUCGUCCGAACAGCUUUAUCUCUGCAGAUAAAUCCAAAAGGUUCCAUUGAUUUGGAGCCAAAUUUGUUACUCAUGCAUGAUUUUAAAAGAAUCAAACUGACCUGUUUUUGUAGCUCGAGGCUGCGUGUACGCGAGCUUAUCAUGCAGACUGUUUUGUUGGUCAAGUAGAUGUCUUAAGUAUCGAUGUGGGUGUUUACACUUGUCAGGGAUGUGAUUUUUUUUUUUUUUUUUUUUUUUUUUUUUUUUGGGGGGGGGGGGGGGGGGGGGGGGGGUUUCUUUGGGGGUUUUUUUCCAUCUCCUGCUUGCUCCAGAAGUUGAUGUUUGUGGACACAAAAAAUAAUUUCUAAUGAAUUUUCUUUUUGUUUUUUUUCUUUUUUUUUCCUUCAGUGGUUUGUGUUCCUGCUCACCUCCCUGACAGUCAGUCCAUAAACUCCUCUGUGACACAGAAAAUUAAAUAUUUAGCUGAACACCCGAGAUCUUUGUGAAGUGGUUGGAUUUUUACUUUAGGAUGAGAUGAAAUGAAUCUGCCAGCUGUUUCUCAGCUAUAUAUUUGCUGUUUGCGCUGUCAGUUGUAACAUUCUUACAUUCUAAAGUAACGAGCACGGCCUCAUUUCGACUCAGUGGGAUGUUUUGAAAUGGGGGAAGGAAAAAAAAGUUGUUGUAACCGAUAGAAACUACAGCAUUAAGUCCAUGUUGUUGCUUUGUCGGGCUAAACCUGUCACAGAGGAAGUUAUGCUGAAUGUGGUCAUGAAUGUUGGUUUUUGUUGUUGUCAGAAUGUCUUUGUAUGUGAGUGUUUGCACUCUUUAAAUGGAGUGCUGACAGUGGGCGGGAGGGAUAUUAUCAGAAACGUAUUCAAAGUUAAAAUCAGAGAAAGGGUGAGGACUUGGAUACUAUAAUGAAUUUUCUUUUUUCCCCUGCUGGUGUAAGACAAAAGUUAACAUCUUAAUGUGGACUAUUAGUGUUAAAGGCUUAAAUGCCGCUAAUAUUUCUACCGUGGAUUUGCUGCACUAAAAUAGACUCGACCACUGCUGCAGGAGGUUUCUGCAGAUUUUAAUGACACACUCAGCAGAUUUGUUGGAAGCUGAGCAGCAGUCCCCCUGCAGCUUCGAUGCAGAACAGCGGCGGUAAAAUUAAAAGUAGAUGAGGACAAAGUCGCAUGAGUAGAAGUGGGUGCUUAUGAUCUAAAUUGGCAGAUAAAUGUUGGUUUAAAUUAUCCUUUUGUUGAAUUGUUCCCCUUCCUUGUACUUACUGGUACUUACUUUUUUUUUUUUGGCCCUGUUUUCCCAAAACCAUCACUGGAUUGGACUUGAGUUGGUAUAAAACUAGAUUCCAUGUUUCCUCCCUCUGUCCCAUAAUUUCCCCCAUUUUCGUUUCACUGAAAUGAUUGGAUGACAUUUAAAAACAUAGCGUUCUUCCAUUGUUACUUUUUAAAAAUGCUUUUGGGUUUCUUUGCCUUCAAAAUGCAUUAAAGAGGCACAAUGUAUAUUCCAGCAACUCUGUCCUCAACUGUUGUAACAUGGAAACGCAUAUUCAGGGCCUAAUAAGAAAUUCAAUAAAUUGACCUGAACUUUA